AUGAAGGUGAAAUUGUUGAUGCCAUUCAUUAUGGUUCUGCUAAGGAUAGGAACAAGGAGGAACAUCAAGAAAACGGACAAGAGGCAUAAAUGCUGCAAGAUAAUACCAGAAAGCGCGUGUCAUCGGGAAGUGAAGUACUUUCUUUUUGUGCCGAAGAUGUUGGACAAAAGAGCAAUACUUGGAAUCCAGAGGCUAGAGCAUACAAUAAAGAUGCUUGAAGGAGAGUUGAGAGAAGCUGCUGCUAUUGAGGUUGGUCUUUCCUCGGUUGUUGCAGAGCAUGGAAGUUCCAUAAACAAGGUCCAUGCUCUAGCUCAUCACCGUUCUAGGUUCUAUCUUCAUGCAUGUAAAGAGGGUUCCCAAUCAAGGAGAGCAAGUGCAGCUAGAAGUGCUGUCUCGGGAUUAGUUUUAGUUGCAAAAGCAUGUGGAAAUGAUGUUUCAAGGUUGACAUUUUGGUUGUCGAAUUCCUUUGUUUUGAGAGCCAUCAUAAGCCGAGCCUUUGCAGAACAUCAACUUCCAUUUUCCGCUGGACCUUUUCUUGAAAGGCCUGGUGGCAAGAAGGGAAACCGCAAGAAAUUAUCUCCACUUAGAUGGAAGGAGUCCUCUCCAGGCAACAAGACUAAAGGUGCUUUAUGUGAAAGUUUUGAUGACUGGGAUGACCCUCGUAAAUUUGCAUCUGCAUUGGAAAACAUAGAAGCUUGGAUCUUCUCAAGGAUCUUUGAGUCUGUCUGGUGGCAGACUCUGACACUACAUAUGCAAUCUGCUGCUGCAGAAGUAUUAGAUAGAGGUUUGGCUUCCUGUGCUAGUAAAACCUAUCAAAGGACUUCUAGUUCUGGUGAUCAACAUCAGGUAAACAUCUCAUUGAAGCUCUGGAAGAAGGCUUUCAAAGAUGCCUGUGAACGGCUUUGCUCUCUUCGAGCUGGGGGACACGAAUGUGGUUGCUUACCUGUGCUGCCUAGAUUGAUCAUGGAGCAGUGCAUGGCUAGAUUGAAUGUGGCAAUGUUCAAUGGUAUUCUUCGUGAAUCUGAUGAUGAAAUUCCCACUGAUCCUGUCUCUGUUCCCAUUAGUGAAGCCAAGGUUCUCCCUAUUCCGGUGGGGAAAUCAAGUUUUGGGGCUGGUGCGCUACUGAAAGAUGCGAUCGGGAACUGGUCCAGAUGGCUAACUGACCUGUUUGGCAUUGAUCAUGCUGAUUCAUUUGAAAACACGAAAGAUGACGGAAAUGAUGACGACGAAGGGAGAAAAGACUAUGAUGCAUCUUUCAUGUCUUUCGACCUUCUAAAUGCUCGUAAGCCGGUCAAUCAGAAAAGAGGAUCCUCUUGAGGCUGAGGAAGGUUUCCUCACAAACGUCCCAUGCAGUGCAUCUCCAACAGUCUAUUUGCCGCCUACGGCAACUUCAGUCACCGGUAUUAUUGAAGAGAUAGGAAGCCAAUCUCAGCUGAGAAGAAAUGGGUCCCAGUGCGGUCAUUUUCCCUUAAGAAAUCACAUGCUAGUGAUGAUGAGCUUGAUGAAUUGGAUUCACCUUUAUCUCGAUGUCUCCUACUCCGACAAAACCCAGUGGCGGAUUGAUGGAGAAUGGCAGCCGAAAUUCUGUGAGCUAGGCAUCAGCUUCUUCCGGAGGUAUGGAUGAAUAGUGAGUAGGAACACAGGACCAGACAAAACUAAGA